AUGCCGGGAUCUCGGUCAUCAGAAAGCACGAGCGCCUAUGACCGUGAGGACAUCGACACCGCACAGGAUGAUGAACAGUCACCGCUUAUCCAAGAGGCCAAAGGUGCCAUCAGCUUCGACACUAUAUCAUCUCCAGUCCGGCCAACACCAACUUCACGGCAGCAGCCGAGUCGAAAUCGCAGCAGUCUUGGCACUAGCUCCAAGAUAUCUACCGUGGAUUUUGGCUACCCAUCGAAAUCAGCAUCAGAUUCAGCAAGACGCAGGACCACGUCAGAAGAAGAAGACAGGACAUUGCCUUCGUCACCACCACUACCACCCAUCAAAUCCAGCACCGACACGGGUUCAUCAGAUAAAGCACCCGUUGUUAGCCCGACAAUGACGCCACUUCAAGCAGCAGCCGUCCGGUCCAUGACGGCCGCCGAACAUGGCAUUUUCAGAGCCGACAACAACUUAUCCUGGGGCGAUCCAGCCGGUCUACCAAUGCGCAGGACCAACGAUGAGAACCUGGUGAUAUUCCGACGGGCGAUCGGUAUCAACAGCGGCCUGGCCGGGGAGUCGGACCCGCGAAGCCUGGAGGAGGGUCGCAGGCGGGCGGUGGGCAUGUAUGCGGCGACAAUGAAGGCGCAGCUAGAAAAACGGGUAAAGCAUGCCCUGAUCGACGUUUUGCUUUAUGCCAGUCAUCUUGCACAGAUAUUGAUUGGAGCUACGUUGACUGCUCUCGGCCCGUCAGCAGGCAAACAUGCUAUCAUCAUCACCGUCCUAGGCGCAGUCAACACCGUCAUCGCCGGUGUGUUGGCGCUCAUCAAGGGCCAGGGGUUGCCCGAACGGUUGCGGCACGACCAGGCCGAAUUCAGGAAAUUGCAAGACUGGAUCGAGCAGACCGAGGCGUUGCUGGCCGUGGGUGUGAUUGGACGGGACCGUAAAGAGGUCGGGCUGUUGAUCCAGGUCGCGUUUAGGAAGUACAAUGCUGUCAGGCAGUCGGAGGAGAAUAACAGAAACGAGAAUUAUGUGAGGGUUGGUGCGGCAGAUCCGUUGGGGAGUGGUAGUGGAGGUGCAUCGGCGCCGGUGCAACAUGUUGGUCAUACGGGGAAGUUGUUGAAUUUGGAUGAUCAUGAGAGGAAUACUGGGGCGUAUCAGAGUGUGGAUAGUGGCCGCGGGAAAGGUAGUUCACACUCGGGAAACCAAUGA